CUAAAUGUAGAAUAUUUACAAAUGUAAUGAUGGUAGUAAAUGACACAUCUUUACCAAAUCAAACCAACAACCCAACUACUGUAUGGACUCCUCUUCCUCCUCUGGUGAUGGGAUUUGCACUACGUCGUCGUUUUCGUUCUGGUCAGCCGUAACCCACCUGAGGCACGACGUGUUCUUGAGUUUCAGAGGCGAAGACACCCGCCACGGCCUUACCAAAGACCUCCACCAGGCUUUAACCGAGGCCAACAUCCCCACCUUCAAAGACGACAUUAAUCUCGAGAAGGGCAGGGAGAUCGCUUCAGAGCUUCUCAAAGCCAUCCAAGCCUCAAGAAUCGCGGUCGUCGUUUUCUCCAGUAACUACGCCACUUCUGGGUGGUGUCUUGAUGAGCUGGUCAAGAUCAUCGAGUGCAAACACGUGGACGGUCAGAUCGUGAUCCCGGUGUUCUGUGAUGUUAGCCCAGAUGACGUUUUUCAUCAGACGGGAAGCUUUGCCAAGGCUUUUGCUAGCCACCAAGAGCGGUUUGCAAUGGAUUCUAACUCUAGUGUGGAAAACAAGAUUAGUAAAUGGAGAGCUGCUUUGAGUGAAGCUGCUUCUAGCUCGGCAGGUUGGAAUUUGCAGACUAAUGAUGUCUCUCAGUGGCAUGUAUCAAAGUUUUUACAGAAGAUAGUGAGCCAAAUUUCAUGUAGACGCCAAGAAGCGCACAUGUGUCUCGAUCUUCGGCCUCAAAAUGACGAUUAUGGCAAGGACUAUCUCAACCUCUUGCUAACUGCAAUGUCAGAUGAUGUUCUUGUUAUAGGCCUACACGGAACAAAUAAUUUAGGAAAGACAAACAUUGCGAAAGCGGCGUAUAAUAAAAAUUUUCUUAGCUUUCAGGGUAGCUGUUACUUGGCAAAUGUGAGUGCAGUUUCUAAAAAACCAAAUGGACUUGUACAUUUACAAGAACGAUUACUUUCUGAUAUCUUAAUUGAGAAUGAUGAUGAUAUUCAACUAGAUGAUGUCAGCGAAGGAAUUAGGAUGAUUCAAACUGAAUUACGACAAAGAAGAGUUCUUGUAGUUCUCGAAGAUGUGGAUACGCUGCAGCAAUUAAAUGCUUUAGCCAGGAAGCGGGAUUGGUUUGGUCCAGGAAGUAGAGUUAUCAUUACAACAAGAGAUGCAAAGUUGUUGAGCAUUCUUGAAGCAGAUGAUGUAUAUGGGCCACAAGGCAUUCAGGUUAUAAGAGACAAAUAUGAAAAUAAUCUUGAAACAAUUAAGGAACUUGAGGAACUUAUUCAAAAGAUAACUUUUCAGGCUAAAAGAAAAGAGAGAUUCCUUUUGGCUGAAAUAGAAAGAGAGAGGAGGAAGAAUGCAUGUCAGCCUCAAAUUCUAGACGACUUACAGCACAGCCAGAAUGAGCUUCUUCCUUCAUACACACUCACCACAACAAGGGAUGUAGUUCUGAAUAGAACUGAAAGUUAUGAUUGUCAUGUCGGUACUAAUUAUGGGAUGUGGAUGGAUACUGAGCUUCAAAAAGAAAUUGCAAAAUGGGAUUGCUAGAGUUUUGUGUAUGUUGAUGAUUGAUGAGAUAGGAAAAUAGUUUUUGUCAAAAAUGGAGGAUUUGCAAGAAACAAAAGAUGAGACAAGGCAGGAAAUAACAGCCUUCUCCUUAUUGCCAAGAUAUAACUAAAGCAAUUAACAUUGUAUCCUCUACCUAUGAAGUCAGAGAGUGAAGAUUCAGGAAAUUAGGAGGCUUGUCUCACUUCAUGUUCUUAUACUAGGAGUGAAUAAUAAAAAAAAACCUCAGUAUCUUCACAUAAUUAAUGAUCUAUAACUUUUCCUCUUUAAAAAAAAUUGUUCAAAAAAUAACUUGUAUACAGCUAUUAAUGGUCUGUAAACAACUAUUAAUUUCUAAAUGCACAACUUGAUCUACUUUAAGCAGAAACAACAAA